AUUACUUGUUUUUAUUUUCAUCGUCCCAAUCCCAAUAUAUUUUAUUUUCUUCUUUGCUUUCUUCUUCUCUGCCUCCGUUUACUCUGCUCCCUUCUAUCUGUCUUUCUCUCUCUAUCAAUCAAUCAAAUCCCACGAAGCCAAGAGAUUUGCGAGAACGAUGACUACCUCCUCCGCCACCUCUCGCAAGACACUAAGCAAAAUAGCAAGCAAUAGACUCCAAAAGGAACUCGCUGAGUGGCAGCUUAAUCCUCCUGCUGGUUUCAAGCACAAAGUUACUGAUAACCUCCAAAGGUGGAUCAUUGAAGUGAUUGGAGCCCCAGGUACACUUUAUGCAAAUGAAAUAUACCAACUUCAAGUUGAUUUUCCUGAGCAUUAUCCCAUGGAAGCACCUCAGGUGAUAUUUUUGGCCCCUGCUCCAAUUCACCCUCAUAUAUAUAGUAACGGGCAUAUAUGCUUAGAUAUUCUGUAUGACUCAUGGUCUCCUGCUAUGACUGUGAGUUCUAUCUGUAUUAGCAUCCUCUCAAUGCUAUCAAGCUCUACAGUGAAGGAAAGGCCUGAAGAUAAUGAUCGCUAUGUGAAGAAUUGUAGAAAUGGAAGAUCCCCGAAGGAAACCAGGUGGUGGUUCCAUGAUGAUAAAGUAUGAAGGUUGAAUCAAAUCUCUGUCAUACUUGUUGAUGACAUCAGAUUAGUCUCCUAACUCUUCUAAAUAUUUAAAUGAAAGAGUAAAACCAAAAAUUGGAAGCAAGCUUUCUUGACAACCGAUUUAUCGUUGUCCUUCAGUUUAAUAGUAAAUUGGGAAAGCUUUGUUUUAUGUAUAGAAGGAAAAAACCUUGUGCUACUUUAUAAUGUGUGACGAUGAAUGAAGCUGGUGACCAAUGAGUGGUUUGAGGAUGUUGAGAUGCUCUAACUGUAUGCUCACGUGAAUAAAUUAUCCCUUUAUAAAAACGAGAAAAUGUUUAGUCGUU